AGUCUACAUAUCGUCACCAAGCUACCAUUGAUGAUGAAGUGGUUUCCAUGGAGAUACUAGAUACAGCUGGUCAGGAGGAUGCUAUUCAGAAAGAAGGACAUGUGCGAUGGGGUGAAGGCUUCGUGCUGGUUUACGACAUCACAGACAGAGGCAGCUUUGAGGAAGUGCUGCCACUUAAGAACUUGUUGGAUGAAGUUAAAAAACCCAAAAAUGUCACCCUGAUUCUGGUGGGGAACAAAGCAGACUUGGAUCACUCCAGGCAGGUCAGCACAGAGGAAGGUGAAAAGCUGGCCACAGAACUAGCAUGUGCUUUUUAUGAGUGCUCUGCUUGCACAGGAGAGGGCAACAUUAUGGAGGCCUUCUAUGAGCUCUGUCGUGAGGUACGGCGUCGAAAGAUGGUGCAGGGCAAGACUCGGAGACGAAGCUCCACCACCCACGUCAAGCAGGCAAUUAAUAAGAUGCUUACCAAAAUCAGCAGCUAAAAAGAGCUGUACUAAGCCAGAGAAGCAGAGCACAUUUAAUUAAAAAUGGUCAAAGCUUUGCAAUUAAAAAAAUAGAAAAGACAAACCACACCACUUUUUUGAGUAACACAGGGUCAGACUUUUUUCCUGUUUCAAGAUGUAUUUAGCCACACUGCUUCUGGCUAAUGUGGGG